CUCUUUCUCUAUCAUUUAUAUCUAAACAUAUGUGUGUAAAUGAUUUUCGUAAACGUGUGCGUCCAUGAUACAGUAUCGUAUUUUUUGGAAAUUCGAACACGAGAAGCUGCAAUGUGCAAUAAAUGUUGAACAGUGCUAUAUUAUAUAUUUAAAAGACGCAUAAAAGAAUAGCAGAAAUUCGCACGACGAUUUGUUUGCGCAAAGAUGGCAGAGAAUUUUGGCAAGGAAACACCAUCGACUUACAAUGAAGAAGCCAAGACUGCGGGUCAACCGUUGUCGGACUUUCUGUUGCAGUUAGAAGAUUAUACACCAACGGUACCUGAUGCCAUCAGCGAGCAUUACUUGCAUACAGCUGGUUUCAACACUACAGAUCCCAGAAUAGUACGUCUGGUAUCUCUAGCAGCACAAAAAUUUAUCUCGGAGGUUGCCAAUGAUGCGCUGCAGCACUGCAAAACGCGUGGUGCCAAUCAAAACACAAAGACAAAAGGGAAGGAUCGACGUUAUACACUGACAAUGGAAGAUCUCACACCAGCAGUUGCGGAAUAUGGCAUAAUUGUGAAAAAACCACAUUACUUUGUUUGAAUAUUUGAAAAAAUUAGUGCAAUUGAGUUUUUUUUUUUUUUUUUUUUUUUUUUUUACAAAGUAUAUCGAUGGCAUCGAUAUGAAGCAACAUUUGAAUGCAAAAAUUUUUUGUCAACUAUAAUUGAAUUGCAUAAACACUACAACUAAAACAUGAAUAUUUUCCAGAAAAUUGUUAAAUAUUAGUUAUGAUAUAUUUUG